GAGCUAACGUUAACGGGUCCCGGAGAGUGAACAGCCGGACCCGCCUUAGAGAUCCGGUUCAGCUUCCCCAUUAUAUAAGUGGAAUCGUGGCCCAGAAAGGAGAUUAAUAUUAAAAAUGGAAUAAAUAUCUUUUUUUUUUUUUUAAGGUUUGCAAAGCACUUCACAUAUGUCCAAUCAGAGCCUCGCCUCUCCACACCCCCGGAAGAUCUCAUUAUGCUAUUUGGAAAAUUUGCACAGCCAUUACACAGCUUAAAGAAAUUUCCAUGCUUCUGUGACCACAGACACUUCUGGGGGUGGUUGAAUGCAGUGUUUAACAAAGUUGAUUAUGAACGAAUAAAGGAUGUUGGUCCAGACAGGGCAGCAUCUGAAUGGCUUUUGCGUUGUGGAGCAUUGGUACAAUACCAUGGUCAAGAAAAAUGGCAGAAGGACUACAAUCAUCUUCCCACUGGUCCUUUAAACAAAUACAAGAUAAAAGCAAUUGAUGCUACUGACUCUUGUAUUAUGAACAUUGGAUUUGACUACCUGGAGGGCCUAGAACAUGUGGAAAAAAUAAAACUCUGCAAAUGUCAUUAUAUUGAAGAUGAGUGUUUGCAGAGGCUUAGUCAAUUAAAGAACUUACAGAAAAGCAUUUUACAGAUGGAAAUCAUUUCCUGUGGGAAUGUCACAGAAAAGGGCAUUAUUGCAUUGCAUCACUUCAGAAACCUUCAGUAUUUGCUAUUACAAGACCUUCCAGCAAUAACAAACCUAGAAGAGAUUGAUCGUAUCUUUCGGCAUUCAUUACCUUCUCUGCAGUUAAAAUUAAACCUAAAGUAAAAAAAAAACCGAAAAGCAUUAAUAGUAGUGUUUACUUCAGCAGUUCAUUUGUAAGCUAUGAAUAGGCUGAGCAAAAACAUGUAAGGACUUGUAUCUUUUGAAACUGCUGCUUUUAAGAGAAUAGAAUUUACAAGUUAGACACAAGUUAUUAAUAGAACAACAUUGAUUCACUUUAGGAAUUUUUAGUGCAGUAAAAGGGAUGCCAGGUCUGUUGUAUACAAAAAUUCAAAGCACUCGGUAAAGUUAUUGAUUUGAAAGUGAGAAUUUAUAUACAUAAAAUGAUUUUAUUCAAGAAAAGUGCAAAAAAGCACUUACAUACUAAUAAUAUAUUUCUCAAAGAAGCUAUAAAACUGUUCACAAUGUUAUUAAAAAUAUAAUAUAGCUGCUCCUUAUUUUGCAUUUCAAUCAUUUGAAUUUCAUCAUAACAGCUUGUUAGAAUUUGAUGUUAAGUUCCACACUUAGAGGAUUUUGAAGUGGUACUGUAAAUUUCUCCAAGCCAUUGAACAAUGUAUGGUCUGCUGUUUUUCUUAGCAUGCAUUUUAUACUACAUGCAUCAAAUCAUUCUGAUCACGGUCAUUUGUAUGGGGUUUUUCGUGUUAUUUUGACUUCCAUUGCCCUUUGUUCCACCCACACUUUUAGAAUAUGAAUAAUCACCUAUUUGUUGUAAACAGGACUUUCUUUAAGAAAUAUGUACCUGAGUAGCCAAACAUCCAAAUAUCUCAAAAUAAAUAAAAAGGUAACUAUCAUGAAGUUUAAA